GCGGGUCUUGCAAGCCCAACGCGGCCCGGGGCGGCGGGGGAGGCGGCGUGAGGAACGCGGAGCGGAGACACUGUGACUGAUGAGAGUUAAAGGCCAUGGAUGAAGAUGGGCUUGAAUUGCAGCCACACGAGCCAAAUGCAUUUUUUGAUCCAACAGGAGCUGAUGCAACACAUAUGGAUGGAGAUCAGAUUGUUGUGGAAGUACAGGAAACAGUAUUUGUUUCAGAUGUAGUCGACUCAGAUAUAACCGUGCAUAAUUUUGUUCCUGAUGAUCCAGACUCCGUAGUAAUCCAGGAUGUCAUUGAGGAUGUUGUUAUCGAGGAUGUUCAGUGUCCAGAUAUCAUGGAGGAGCCAGAUGUGUCUGAAACAGUCAUUAUUCCUGAACAAGUGCUGGACGCAGACGUAGCCGAAGAGGUUUCUUUGGCUCAUUGCACUGUCCCAGAUGAUGUUUUAGCUUCUGACAUAACAGCAGAGACAAUGUCUAUUCCAGAGCAUGUACUGACAAGUGAGUCAAUGCAUGUACCUGAAGUUGGACACGUUGAGCAUGUGGUUCAUGAUAACGUUGAAGAAGCAGAUAUUGUCACUGAUACUCUGGGAACAGAUGUUGUUUCUGAGGAAGUCUUGGUGGCAGACUGUGCAUCAGAGGCAGUGAUCGAUGCCAAUGGAAUCCCUGUGGAACACCAAGAAGAGAAGGGCAACUGUGAUGAUUACCUUAUGAUUUCCUUGGAUGAUGCUGGUAAGAUAGAACACGAAGGUUCUGCUGAAAUUACCAUGGAAGCAGAGUCAGAAAGUGGCUCUUGUAAAGUGGAUGGCAUUUGUCCAGAAGUCAUCAAGGUCUAUAUAUUCAAAGCAGAUCCUGGAGAAGACGAUUUAGGGGGCACAGUAGACAUUGUGGAGAGUGAGCCAGAGAAUGACCACGCAGUUGGAUUGCUCGAUCAAAAUAGCAGUAUUCGUAUUCCAAGGGAGAAAAUGGUUUACAUGACUGUAAAUGAUUCUCAGCAUGAAGACGAAGACUUAAAUGUUGCAGAAAUAGCUGAUGAGGUUUAUAUGGAAGUGAUUGUAGGAGAGGAGGAUGCUGCAGCAGCYCAUGAACAGCAAAUUGAUGACACCGAAAUUAAAACUUUUAUGCCUAUAGCUUGGGCAGCUGCUUAUGGUAAUAAUAACGAUGGCAUCGAAAGUCGGAAUGGCACUGCAAGUGCUCUUUUGCACAUAGAUGAGUCAUCUGGACUUGGGAGACUGGCCAAGCAAAAACCAAAGAAGAAGAGGAGACCUGAGUCCAGACAGUAUCAGACAGCAAUAAUCAUUGGCCCCGAUGGUCAUCCGUUGACGGUCUACCCCUGCAUGAUUUGUGGAAAGAAAUUUAAAUCUAGAGGUUUCUUGAAAAGGCACAUGAAAAACCACCCRGAGCACCUUCUUACUAAGAAGAAAUACAGAUGCACAGACUGUGAUUACACUACGAAUAAAAAAAUAAGUUUACAUAACCACUUGGAGAGUCAUAAGCUGACCAACAAAACAGAAAAGCUUAUUGAAUGCGACGAGUGUGGGAAAACCUUCUCUCAUGCAGGAACUUUAUUCACUCACAAGAUGGUGCACAGGGACAAAGGAGUUAAUAAAAUGCACAAGUGCAAAUUCUGCGAUUAUGAGACAGCAGAACAAGGGUUACUGAGUCACCACCUUUUGGCUGUCCACAGCAAGAACUUUCCUCACAUUUGCGUGGAGUGUGGCAAAGGGUUUCGCCACCCGUCGGAGCUCAAGAAGCACAUGAGGAUCCACACUGGUGAGAAGCCCUACCAGUGCCAAUAUUGCGAAUAUCGAUCUGCCGACUCUUCCAACUUGAAAACCCACGUAAAGACUAAACACAGUAAGGAAACGCCSUUGAAAUGCGAUAUUUGUUUCCAGACUUUUUCAGAUACCAAAGAGCUACAGCAGCAUACGAUUAUGCAUCAAGAAAGUAAAACGCAUCAGUGUUUGCAUUGUGACCAUAAGAGCUCAAACUCGAGUGAUCUGAAACGACACAUAAUUUCAGUCCACACAAAAGACUAUCCUCAUAAGUGUGAUAUGUGUGAUAAAGGCUUUCACAGGCCUUCGGAACUGAAAAAACAYGUGGCGGCUCACAAGGGGAAAAAAUUGCACCAAUGCAGACAUUGUGACUUUAAAAUUGCAGAUCCGUUCAUUCUGAGUCGCCACAUACUCUCAGUUCACACAAAGGAUCUUCCAUUCAGGUGCAAGAGAUGUAGAAAGGGCUUUAGGCAGCAAAAUGAGCUGAAAAAACACAUGAAAACACACAGUGGCAGGAAAGUUUAUCAGUGUGAGUACUGUGAGUAUAGCACUACAGACGCCUCAGGCUUCAAACGGCACGUGAUUUCCAUUCACACAAAAGACUACCCUCACCGGUGUGAGUAUUGCAAGAAAGGUUUCCGAAGGCCUUCAGAGAAGAACCAGCACAUUAUGCGACAUCAUAAAGAUGUUGGGCUGCCUUAAAGUCUCUUUCACAGACUUAUGGCUGGAAUUAUAAAGGAAAUUUGCCUUUCAGGCAGUUAGCUUAUUUUAAAGCCAAUCACCUGCGAUCACACACAAAAAAAAAA